UUGCGAUACUGAGGCUGAGUUCCGUAAUAUACAUAUGCGUGCAUUUUCUACAGAACAUAAACUAUAGAUAAAUACGUGCAUAUGCGAAUUACGGAACGCAGGCACCCGAGAGUGGGUAUAGGAACCUAGCUUUAUAAGCCGUGGCCACAGUUCGCCGGGAGUACCGCCGGGGUUGACACGUUAUCAGUGAGGUAGUUGCAACAGUUUGCUUAAGAACAGCACGAGCGUGAUAAACGAUAGGUCUCGAAUGAUCUGGUAUUGUGCUUGCGAGAGAGAAUUUUUGCACUUGGCCGACGAGGAUCAUGUAUACCGUGUCAAAGGGACCUAGCAAGAUCGUAGCGAAAACACGACGAGGGAUCAAUCAGAAUUUUGAGAGGUUAGAGACACUACGCGAUCUCACGAGGAAGACCGGUCCCGAGGACAAUCACGAAAUUACUCGUCACGUACCAAAACCAGUUUUUCAUAUGAAUGGCAAAUCAAAGCUCACCUCUCAAAGACAUCAGAUGCAAGAAGUUAUCACACCGCAGCACGAGGAACUUAUCAAAUUCGUUUAUGAAUCCUGGAAUCAAGUUAAUACACGACCAACAAAUGAGUGUUGCAAUGGCACAGAAUGUACAGAAUUUUGCAAUCCUAAUUCAAUAGUAUAUUAUGAUGGUGAACCAAAUAAUAGUCUUCAAGAUUUUAAACCAUUUGAUUUAGAAUCCUGGUGGGGUAAACGACUGUUCAAUAAUAUCACAAAGUCGCUCUGAGACAUUCAGGUAGUGGAAAUUGUUUGUUCCUGAGGAUGAAGUAUGAAAUAGUAUACAACAGCAGCUGGUGUCAUACAAAUUAGGCAGUGUCGCGUUUUGAGUGUGACUUAAACUUGACCAGAUUUGAAAGUUGUUAUAGUGUCGAAAAUAGAGCUUGAUAUGUAUUGAGUCCUAUCGAAUUACCGGCGAAAAUAUCACUCAAACGAUAAACGAUUGCACACAUAAUGUGCAUAUAUAAUGUCACAAAGUCGCUAAAGACAGCAGCAUAAGGUCGGAAUACGCGCGACAGCUUCGAACGUGCACGCGUGCGCAAAAGUAGUCAAACACACCAUUUAUCCAAGUUUAAUCUGAAUUGUUUAUAUGCAUUUGUUAACGAUCUUUUUACGAAAUAUAGAAAUAUUUCUUUAUUGUUGCUCUAUUGUUAGGAUUGCUCAAUUUUAAUAGCGCAGAGUGCUCGACACUCUUGUACAGAGAGCUUUGAAAUGCUGGAGCAAAGUCGCAGAACUUUUAGUAGACAAUAAGUAGUAAUAAAUGCAAGAAACGUGCAAUCGCAAGCCCCACUAUCGUUAGAAGAUACUGAGUUCCGAUUAGGUUUUAAAGAUAAACACCAAAGCUAUACAGAAGGCGCGAGCGCAAGAGUAUACCAAGCGGGGCUAAGUACAAGCGAAGAUCGCCUGGUUUCUUCUCUCAGCAUAUGGUAUGAGUCCUGUGUGAAAUUGAUGAAUUUUUAUUCAUAAAAUGUACAUAUAUAUUGCAUGCAAUGAUUGUGUGAAUGCAAUGAUAAUGUUGCGGGUAUUGUUACAAAUUGUAUCCGAAUAUAUUGAUACUUUUAUGUAAGCGAAGAUUUAGCAUAAAUUCGUAGACUGAUAACAUUUAAGAAGAUUGUCAUACCGUUACUCACCGAGUCGCAGUUAAAUGCCGCUCGCGUUACAGAGUAUCACUCAUUGAAUUGUUAUACUAUGGCUGGUUGAAUCGUUUCUUCCACCAUUGUGUUAUGUAUUUUCGUUGGACUAUUAUACAUGAGACGAAACAUGUAUAUGAGCCUUCGGCCGGCGAUAAUUUUUGCAAACGCCGCGACACCGUGUCCGACAGAAAAGAUAUACACAGUUCGCAAGUGUAGUCGAGAUGUAGUGCAGUGAAAUUCGGCCAUGUGUGGCUGAAUUACAUGAUGAAUAAAUACCUCUUUAUACACA